GACUAGCAAGCGACCCGAAGUGGUUUAGUCUGACACCCAACGCGGCUUAGUUUGAAUCGUCCGUCCACAUUGUGAUCAGCAGCACAAGUACCGACGACGACGUCGCUUCUUGCGGUACCAGUUGGAGACAUCAUCGCUAUCCCAAAGACCAAAGUGUGAAGUGUGUUCAGUGAAAGGGGACAGCUUGAAGACAUUAGAUUGGAGGCUUUCCACAGUGCAGUUUAGUUUGAAGUGAUUACAUACAUAUAAGUAUAGGGACGUAUCGUUCUUGGUGUGCCCGCCCGGUAUAGACAUCCGAUGAACGACAAAAGCUGCUGUCAGUCCACGUCCAGCCGGGGACCAAUCUACACGGAGCUUCUGGAUCGUAGCAAGGAAACAAUUUAGCAUCACGGUCAGCCGCCGCCGCCGCUGCCUGAGCAUCUGGAAGGAUCGUGUUUGUGAUAAAUUCGGUUGAGCUCGGAAAGGCCCAGACAGAAGCCGGGACGAUCCACAACCGACCGCUAGCUAUCGAAGCGAAGGAUAUAGUUGAUGCCCUGCCGGGACUCAAUUGUCUCCGCUCGUAAUUAUCCCAUCCAGCAAGCGCGAGAGGUGGCGUCGAACGGUCGACGAAAGAUGACAGUGAUCUUCCCGCUGGCCGAAGCCGGUUAUCGUCAAUCCGCGUGGUGCAACUUCCCCGAAAGUGUAGUUUUCCUCUAGGAGAGCGCGCGUGUGUAUGUCGAAAUCAUCGUCGACCAAAAACCAAAAUAGUUCCCCCGCCAAACUGUGAUAUUGAUUCCUAUAUGAGUUGUGUGCAUAUGCAAGGCACCAGUUGUGACAAAUCGAAAAUAUUUCCAUUGUUUCACCUAAGUGCCGACGCGAGAACGCCGCGAGUGAAGAAGUGUGUUGCGUAUAAUAAUAUUCCCCCAACACCCAUUGUUGAUGCUGAUUGUUGUUGGUGCUAAGAGAAUAAAAAACAGACCUAUAAGCCGACAGGCAGAAAGUGCAUGCAUAUCCCCAGCAGUAGUGUUGAUUUGUUGUACUCUCAACGAUAGUAACAGUUUUAUCCGAUUCGCGUGAAGAAAAGCGUGUCAACGGCAAUCUGAGACUGAAUGCAGAAUUACUGCCGUUCGUUGGUAGAUCGUUCUGACGAGCACAGCUGAGCCUUAGAACAACACGAACGAGCUGAGCAGAGUGUGUAAAUAAAGUAUCAGAAGUAGGAGAAAAAAACAGCGAUAAAAUGACGGGAAUGGAAAACUCCGCCCUAGUGGAAAAGGGCCCGGUGCCCAAGAUAGUGACCACCAACGAGAAGGGCGUCACGCUACCGAAUCUCGAAGGCCAACCGGACAAACGCGAACGGGGCAAAGCCAUGCGCCAGGUGAUAGCGGCCUUCAUUGCCAACAUCGGUACCAUCAACACGGGUCUGAUUUUUGGCUUCUCAGCCGUCGUGAUACCUCAGCUGCACGCCAAGGACUCGCUCAUACCGGUGGACGAAAGCCAGGCAUCAUGGGUUGCAUCUCUCUCCGCCAUCGGAACUCCCAUUGGGUGCCUUCUCAGUGGCUAUGUAAUGGACAACUUCGGACGCAAGAAGGCCCUUCUGAUAACGGAAAUACCCAUGAUCAUCGGCUGGAUCGUAAUCGCUUGCGCCACCAACGUAGAGAUGAUCUACGCGGGGCGCGUCCUGACUGGGUUCGGUUCCGGUAUGAUCGGUGCUCCGGCUCGUGUGUACACCUCGGAAGUAACCCAACCGCAUCUUCGGGGGAUGCUUUGUGCACUGGCGUCGACAGGGAUCAGUUUAGGGGUGCUAUUUCAAUACACGCUGGGAGCGGUGACGACGUGGAAAACACUUUCGGCGAUCUCUGCAUGUCUUCCGGUGUUGGCGUUUGCGCUGAUGUUACUCAUGCCGGAAUCUCCCAAUUACCUGGUGUCCAAGAACAAACCGGAUCAAGCUCUGAAGAGUCUGGCUAAGUUGCGAGGAUCUACGUAUAACCUGGAGAAGGAAGUUAAUCAACUGCAGUCAUUCGCUCAGAAGAGUAACCAAAAGAAGAAACUGUCGCCAAAGGAGACAAUUCAAGCUCUGCUGCAUCCAUCCUGCUUGAAGCCAUUUGGAAUUUUGACUCUCUACUUCAUGAUGUACCAGUUCAGCGGUGUGAACACGAUCACUUUCUACGCUGUGGAGAUUUUCCAAGAUUCCGGCACCACAAUGGACAAGUACACGUGCACGAUUAUGCUAGGAGUGGUUCGGUUCAUCUUCACAAUCUUGGCCGCCAUAUUGCUCCGAAGGUGCGGUCGCCGACCAUUGACGUUCAUCUCCGGCAUCGGAUGCGGUGUCACGAUGAUCGGUUUGGGAACCUAUCUCUACUACAAGAAGUCUUGGGAAAUGGCUGUGCCUCCAAUCGCUCCUACGGCCACGUGGUUCCCAGUGGCGUGCAUCUUCGUGUUCACGAUCACUUGCACGCUGGGCUUUCUGGUCGUGCCCUGGGUCAUGAUCGGUGAGCUGUAUCCGAUGAAGGUCCGAGGAAUUGUCGGCGGGUUCACGACCUGCAUGGCACAUACCUUCGUCUUCAUCGUCGUGAAGACUUAUCCAUUCCUGGCACAUCUGCUGGAAAGGCAUGGUGCCUUUAUCCUGUACGGAUGCAUCUCGUUUUUAGGAACCGUCUUCUUCUACCUCUGUCUGCCGGAGACCAAGGGCAAGACGCUGCAGGAGAUCGAAGACUACUUCUCGGGCCGCAUCAAGUCGCUGAAGAAGUCCAAACAGCAGGAAGCCGAAGGCCAGCAGUUGAACAACAACUCCAAACCCCAACUGCUGACGGUGGAGAAGAACAAGCUGCUGCCGUAAAAAAAACAAGAGUGGUGGUCGGCCGGGCUGGUUCCACUGCCGUCAUCUCCAAUGGGGCCCCUUCUUCAGUCAGUGUGCCAUACGAGGAAACGAGAAGUAUUUUCAGUAGUUUGCUACGGAAACGGAAAGUGAUAUUUUUCCCAUUUUGUUUGAUUUGUCCCCACGAUGCGGUCCACUUUAUUAGACAGACCGCUACUACUUCCUUAAUUCUGUUAGUAAACUUCCCCUCCUGUUGGUCUAUAUUAGAUUCUACCAGUAAGUUUAUAGUUCUCAGUUCUAAUAGUAUUAUCUACGCACUUGACUUUUAGAAGGACUACAGUAGCAAAUUUGUUUUCUUUCUUUUUAUGUUUUUACUUAUGUUUUAUUUCUUGACAAUGAUUGUAUUGAAGUUCACAUUGAUUAUCAAAAGAAAAAAAAAAACUAUAUUUACAAAGAAUGGACAAAAUAAAGACGACGCACAUGUUUCAUUUCAAGACCAAUUGUGGCCGGAAAUCUAUCUAGAAAAUGCUCAAUUCGAACACGGAAUCGAGUUUGAAUGCAAACGAAAAAAAAAAACUGAGAAAAAACCGACGAUAAUGAUCUGAUUUAAUCGUGAGAGAGAGAAACACACGGUCCCGAAAACCAGCAACUUCUAGGAUAGGGAACUCAGGAAACCAACACAGACCAUAAUGUGCUUUAAAGACAGUGAGGCGGCCGUGUCCGCGAUCGAGAGCGUGUGCGAACUAGAGUUUAGAAGUUUCGAUGCGAUUCCUAGGGUUAGCACUACUCGCUAAUCUCGGUACUAUACUAACUAUAUUCUGUCAAUGUGAUAGCGGAUUUCAACUUACAUCGGAGGAGUUAAGUUAUCACCUAGAUACAACUUACUCAAUCGACUAAAGAAAAAUGAUAAACUGAUUAGCUAGGGUAGUACUUAAUAAAUAAUUCUACGCCAUUCAGCUUUCCCAGAGCCCAAAUGGGAAGACACAGAUAAGACAGUUAUGGCCGAUAAUAUAAUGCCUUAUGAGGGCGAAUGUGUUAAAAGUUCCAUGCGAUAUAAUUAUACACCUUCUCGGUAGGGUUCCGAAUACCGAGACAGUAAGAUAACUGCUGUAAUAAAGCGAUUGAAAUACCAUCUUUUUUAAGAACACUGAAAAACA